AUGGCGACGAAAAAACACUGCAAAUUCUUCCUGUUUUUCCUCCAUCAGACAUGCCACGGCUGCCACCAAUGUAACUACGUCAGUGAUGUGGCUUUUGACGUCGUUAUCAUUCUACUCGCUCUCUUUGAGCUCUCACUGUGUAUCGUUGGGACUGUGUACUCAGCGCGCAUCAUCCAGAAACCUACUCCAAUGCAGGCUUCCACUGUGGUUUACGGUGUUGGUGGGGUAACCAACCCAGGAAUGCAGAACCCUGGAGCACAAGUCCAAAUACAGUACCCAGCUCAGCCAGUUCAGGGCCAGUACCCAGGCGCCCCAGACCAGGGGCAGUACCCAGGCCCACCGGCCCAGGGGCAGUACCCAGGCCCACCGGCCCAGGGGCAGUACCCACCACCCCAAGAGCAGAAGUACUAAGCACUGUGUAAUGUGUCUUGGGUCCAACUUAAAAAAGCUUUGCCCCGACAAUGCUUAACUCGAAAGUAUGAAUUGAAAUAAGUUGAA